CCGCCCUGGGACCGCACGGUUGAAAUCGUGUGGACGAGGAGACGUUCCCACACCGAAGAAUCAGAUCGAGCCGACGAAGCGACCUUUCGCGAGAACCUGAACCAAAUAAUAGCACACGGUUCAGUCAUCCCCAUGCUUGUUGACCCUCCUCCCGGAAGCGAGAGCAUAGUUCCUAGUAGUAAUGAAACGGGUUACGUGGAACAGUCCAACCAAGCAAACGCCAACGGGCUAAAAGCCACCAGUAAAACCCCGUCAAAAGCCAGAGUCCAAAACGCCAACAGCCGCUACUUCCAGCUCCCCGACGCGAUCCGGCUGAGAAUCACGAAACACCUUGUCCAGAGCCACAACCCACACAACAAGCCCAUACGCAUGAACAACCCCUAUUUCCUACACUCGGUCUGGCCCGUCAACCGGCCCGCCAACAAGCCGAGGCCCAAGCCCGCGAAGAAGGAGAAGGAGAAGGUCCAGACGCAAUGGCCCACGGAGGAAUACGAAUCCUUCGACAGCCUCGAGAGCGUACUAUCCUCCCUCCAACCCUACACGGCCGUCUGCGCGGCCCUGCGCGCCGACGUGCUCGCCACGCUCUUCCUCGCCCGCCGCUUCCACGUGGUCUACGCGCUCGGCGUGACGCGCGCCCUGCAGCCCGCCGCGACCGAGUACAUGGACCGGUACGGCCCGCUGAUGGCGUCGGUCACGCUCGAGCUGGACUUCACCAAGCUCGGGGGAAGCUGGAAGCCCGAGGCCGCCAACCUGGAUGCCCUGGCCGGGAUGAAGAGUGUGAAGCGGUUGGUGGAGCGGUUCGUGGACAGGCGGCUGGCGGCGACGGCAGCAGCGGGUCGGCGAUAUGGGGCUGCUGCUGCUGCUGGUAUUCAUGAUCUGAAGGUGUUGGUGAGGAGGUACUAC